GUUCAGGACUGUUCAUGGGGGGCUUGGUGAGUGGCCAGGCUUUGCCAGUAAAGCAAAUUUGCCAAAUCAGCAUCAUGUUCAGCCGUAUUGCUCUUCCUCUCGCCAAGCAAGUUGUGCGCUUGAAUGCGACUGCCCCUCGCAUGGCCAUCCGCGCCUUCUCCGCCCAAACCUUCUUGGAUCGCGCCGAAGUCAGCGACCGUGUGUUGAACGUGAUCAAGAACGUCGGCAACAAGGUGGACGCUUCCAAGCUCACGGAAGCUGCCAAGUUCAUUGACGACUUGGGCUUGGACUCGUUGGAUGUGGUGGAAGUCGUGAUGGCGAUUGAAGAAGAAUUUAUCAUUGAAAUCCCAGAUGUCGAAGCCGAACGACUGUUGACCCCUGCCCAAGUCAUCGACUACGUUGCUGCCCACCCCAUGGCCAAAUAGGUCGUAGUCUAUGGCUGACCAGACCUCCGACUUCUCUUAGUAUUGAUAAACACAGGAAACCACGAAAGAACACGAGAUCUGGUUAGUUUCCCGUCGUGUUGUUUGCAA